CCAUCAGUCUGAACUCGGGAGGGGGAAGCGCUAGGCUGUGCAAACUCCCAGGAUUUACACUCUGCCAUUUUGAUCAGGACCGGGCCGACGUCGGAGUUCAGACGUGUCCAUCAAAAAACAAAACAAAAAACAAAGCAACAAAAAGUCAUGGCCUGAAUUAGUCACUGUUGCUGCUGCUAAGUUUAGAAGAAGACUUUUGAAUUCGGGGACAGUUAAUCCAACAAAGGAGGAGCUGUCGUUUUGAACCGGUCUGCAGACCUCUUUGGCCAUGUGCUCCACAAAUCACUCAAACUGGGUCACGUUUGAAGAUGACAGCACACCGCUCUCGUCACCUCAGAAGCCUCUGCAGUCCCCAGGACUUAUCAAAGCAUCAGUGCCGCGUCCCAACGGCCUGAAAUUAGUGCUUCCUCCAAUCAAAGAUACUUCCUGGAGCUUUAGUAGUUCCCUGGAAUCGCCUCAAAGUCACUCAAGUCUUAGCGGAAGUUCCUGUGUACCAUGUAGCACACCGUUUUGCACUCCUGAAGGUGGGGUUCCUAGCAGCGCGUCCCCAUUUUACUCCAAAACAUGGGACAAGAAGGCCUUCUCAAGGAGUUUUUCCAGCCCAGUUACCACCUCUGUUUUCUCUCCUGCACCACAGGCCCUGAAUCAAACAUCAGAUGGGCCAAGCCCUUUCCCUUCUUUCAAGGGGAAUUCAGGACACUUUAACCCGUUCUGGGAUGGACCUAGACUAAAUACGGAUGCGGGUAGCUCCUCCUCAGACUCUGAAUCGGACAACAGCCUUCCACGUUUCUUUAUACGGACCAAAGAUGGCAGUGAGCCUCAGCGUGACCAGCUUUCCUUCUCUGUUGUUUGCAACAAACUGGAAGGCCUACAUACGAAAAUCGACAGCCAGACAGAGACCGACAAAGAAGGGCAGAGGCGGCUAAGUUGCAAAAGUGAGGUGUUAAGUGAAGGUACAUCUCAGUUUGCGCCUCGCGGUUUGUUUCGUAGUCAGAAGAGAGACGGUUGGUCUAUCAUGCUCAGGAUUCCUGAAAAAAAGAACCGCAUGUCCUCGCGUCAGUGGGGACCGAUCUAUCUCCGCUUGUUGCCGGGAGGUGUGCUACAGAUGUUCUAUGAGAAAGGCCUUGAGAAGCCAUUCAAGGAAUUUCAGCUUCUCCCUCACUGCAGGCUCUCGGAUCUUAAACUGGAAAGCUACAGCGAGCCCCGCAAAGUCCUCACAGUCAAGGUGGAACAUUUCUCCUACACAGAAAAGAAGCGCUUUCACCCAAAGUUCGAGGUUAGUCACGAAGCUGAGGUAGAGCAGCUCCUCAAGUUUGGCUCCACGGUGCACGAUGAGAUCGAGGACCUAGUGGUCUCCAUGGAGGAGGAGAUCUUCAAACUGAGUGUCCCCCACCAGCAGAGGCGGCACUACGAGGAACAGGAGCUGUCGCUGCAGAUCACCGAUCACAUCUGGAUACAGCUAGAUAAGUGUGGGGGCGUAAUGGAGCAAACAGCCUUCACCCAGAUUCACUGUCUUGCUUUUCUGGAUGGACUAGGAGACUGUUUUCUUGCCCUUAAUGACCUCGGGCUGCUGCACUUUGACUCCAGCUAUGGCUCAGAGGAGGCCAGUGAACUCUGGAUGGAGAUUGCAGGCUACCAUUUCCACAAAUGCGUGAACGAGACAGAGUUUCAGAGGUCGCGACUGAUCAAGUUUUUGCCUCCUGAUGCAUGCAGAGUGGAGCUGAUGCGCUACAAAACAAGGGUCCUGGGUUGCACUGAAAUUCCCUUCUCAAUCAAAGCUACAGUAACGGUUCAAGGUGCCUACGUGGAGCUCCAGGCCUUUCUCAACAUGUCAACCACAUUCCUUUCUUGCAUGAGGGAGUCUGACACUCACUACCCGCUGUGUGAGAACGUUGUGAUCCGCGUUCCGGUGCCAGGCGACUGGGUCAAAGUGACACAGACGGUGGCCUUACUGCGACAGAGGUCUUUAAAGGCCCGCAUGAACAGAAAUGCCUGCUUGGGCUCAGUCACCGCUGCAGAUUCACAGCCUGUCAUGCAGGUGUCGAUCGGCACCGUCAAGUACGAGAAUGUAUUUUCGGCGAUCGUGUGGAGGAUCGACAGACUGCCUGCAAAGAAUAUGGCCUUGGAUCAUCCCCACUCGUUUUCCUGCAAACUGGAGCUGGGAUCUGAUCAGGAGAUCCCAAAUGACUGGUACCCUUUUGUCACGAUGGAAUGUGAAAUUGUGGGCGCGGUUGUGUCACAGACCAGGGUUAAAUCCUUGGGCACUGUGAAUGACAUCCAGCCGCAGAAACAUGUGACCAGUUGGACGCGCUAUCACUGUCAGGUGGAAGUGGAAAAGAAAUGGAUUGAAACAGAGUCACAGAGGCAGUCUGGCUGUAUGACGCAAUGAUGAUUAAAGACACUUACUAGAGGAAGUUAUUUCUUUGGUCUAAAAUGAUUUUCAAAAUCUUCUUAAAGGUGAAGGGAUAUUAAAAAUAACAGGGUGAAGCGAGACUUUCUGCUUAUAUCUGGUUUUAGAAUUCAUAAAAUGAUGCAGCUUGGUAGCAUUUCUGAUGGAGGUUCUAUGAUUUUUAUAUCCUUUAACUGAGACUGAACUUGUUUAGCCCUAAUAAACAAUUUAACACAGUCCUUAUACCUAGCACUUUACAUUUAAUAGAUUUAUAAAUUGUAUGAGAUUUACAGCUUAUACGAUUACGCUUGCGUCUGCAAUAUCUGCACUGUCCUCCAGAAUUAUCAACAUCAGUUAAUAAAUGCACGCCAAACACGUUGUGUAAUAUAAGCAACUUAAGUAAUGGCCUUUUGAGAUCAUUACUUUAGAGAGAGGUUAAAUAUCAACCGAUGCUACGGGUGGUGCUGCUGUGUUGUCCAUCUAUAUUUAAAGUUGGCACACUUUGAAUUUUUUUUAUUUGUACAAAAUCUUUGUGGAAAUGGCACGAAAAUGUUGGAUUGUUGUGUUUAAAGAAUGGUGAUGUUUAGGUAACAUCACAACAUAUAUUGGGUACUGAUAAUAUAUAAAGUGAGAUUUCUUUUUGUCUCAAGCAACAAAAGUAUUGUUUAUCUUGAGCGGACCCUUUGACUGAGGUUGUGUUGUGUUGGAGGACUGUAAUUUUAUUUAAACAAAUCAAUUCUGUAUCUUUCUGCUCUCUGGGUUGUGAAUCGGGUUUAUAUAUGAUAAUAAAAAAAAAAAAAGGGGGUGAAGGGCCAUACUGAACAAAAAGGUGUUUAUUGAUAACUUUUAUGUAUGAAGUACCUGGCUUAAGCUGGAUAUUAUAUACAUGAAAAAGUAAAAAAGAAAAAGCAAUUAAACCA